GCCCAAUUUUCGCCGAUCCACCUCCACCCGCAGUGUCCACCACCAACUCACCCACGACUCUAUGAGACAUGUCGCUGCGGGCUUCGCGCGCAUAGGCGCGGCCACGGCCUCGGGGCCGGCUCGUCUCGGCGCGGCGUAUCGGUGCUCUUCGACGCCAGCCCAGGCCCAUGCCGCUCGCUGGGGAUCGACAACUGCGGCCCAGACAACGCUCGGAGCUCCACGGCGCCGUGUGGGGCCGUUGGACGCCGCUCGUCGUCGCGGGUUUGCGAGACUCCUCGCGCCCUCCUCCUCACGCACCGCUGCGGCCCAAAGCCAAGCAACGCGCGUGCGGCACAAUGCAUCUCCCUACUCCACCAUGACCGUGUCCGCAAAGCAAGAGUACAUCGUGUCGGUCGACGUAGGCACGACGUCGACGCGCGCCAUCGCUUUCGACCACACGGCCGCCGUCGUGGCCACCCACCAGAUCGAGUACGAGCAGCUGUACCCCCACCCCGGGUGGCACGAGCAGCGGCCCGCCGACCUCAUCGACACGGUGCACGCGUGUCUUGAUGGCGUGGCGACCGCGCUCGCCGCCAGGGGCAUCGGGCUCGAACAGGUCCCCGGCAUCGGCAUCACCAACCAGCGCGAGACGACGUGUGUGUGGAGCCGGAGCACCGGCAAGCCGCUGUACAAUGCCAUUGCGUGGCCGGAUACCCGCAACACUGACACCGUGCACGAGCUGGCUAGCCGCUCGCCGCUGGGCACCGAGGCGCUCAAGGCCAAGACUGGGCUCCCCCUCUCGACGUACUUUAGCGGCACCAAGGUCAAGUGGCUGCUCGACAACGUGGCCGAGGUCAAGCGCGCACACGACACGGACGAUCUGCUGUUCGGCACGGUCGAGACGUGGAUCCUGUGGAACCUGACUGGCGGCGCCAAUGGCGGACUGCACCUCACCGACGUGACGAACGCGUCGCGCACCAUGCUCAUGGACCUGCGCACGACCGCCUGGGACCCCGAGUGCCUCGCGUUCUUUGGCGUGCGCGAGUCUGCGCUGCCCAAGAUUGUGUCCAACGCCGAGAUCUACGGCAGCAUCACGUCCGGCGCGUUCAAGGGCAAGCCCGUAGCGGGCAUGAUUGGCGACCAGCAGGCCGCGCUCGUGGGCAACAAGUGCGUCGAGCAGGGCUCAGCCAAAAACACAUACGGCACCGGCGCGUUCAUGCUCUUCAAUACCGGUGACCGACCGGUCCCCUCGACGCACGGGCUGCUCACGACCCCGGCCUUCCGGGUAGCCGGGCAGACGGCGUACGCGCUCGAGGGCUCGAUCGCGGUGGCGGGCUCGAGCAUCAAGUGGCUGCGCGACCAGAUGGAGAUCAUCUCGGCCGCGAGCGACAUCGACCCGCUGGCAAACAAGGUCAAGAACACGGGCGGCGUGUACUUUGUGCCUGCGUUCUCGGGGCUGUUCGCUCCGUACUGGGACGACUCGGCAGCCGGCACCCUCGUCGGCAUGUCGGCGUACACGAACCGCGCGCACAUUGCGCGCGCGACCCUCGAGGCGACGUGUUUCCAGACCCGCGCAAUCCUGCAGGCCAUGGCCAAGGACUCGGGGCACGAGCUGUCGGUCCUCCGCGUCGACGGGGGCAUGACCAACUCGGACCUGUGCAUGCAGCUUCAGGCGGACAUUCUCGGCAUUGAUGUCGAGCGGCCCGUCAUGCGCGAGUCGACGGCGCUCGGGUCGGCCAUCUGCGCCGCCGUCGCGCUCAAGCGCUUCGGCUGGGACUUGGCCCGCCCAGAGACGCUGCGCGAGGUGAAUGUGGCCGGCAGGCAUACGUUCAAGCCGCAGAACGAUGCCGAGGACCGGGCGAAGCGAUGGAGGGGGUGGGAGCGGGCCGUCGAGCGGGCGAUGCAUUGGAAGGAGUAGGCGGUCGUGCAAGCGUCGGCGCAGCCGGCGCGAGCGGGUUCGCGGUAGCUCUCUAUAGCACGAGCAACGCAGUCACACACACACACACCAGUCACACGUAAGAGGCGCCGUAGAGCACAACCAUGUAACGGUGC